CUCAGUGCUGUGGGGAAAACACUGAACCGCAGGGAUUGCAACACCGGCCGCUCACAUGUGAGUUCACUGAUGUCUUACCCCUUUGGAGCACGAGUGACCCAUGACAGAGACGUGGUUCCCCAGGGACUAACACAGCAAUUCAACUGAAAUUUAAGCACAGCCACAAAAAUGGAGGAUCUGAAAGAGAAGAUGGAGGCCAUGUCCCACACCAUAUGCCCAAGAGGCUGCGUUCCAUCUGAAGAGGACUUAAAGGCCCCCAAAGAUGACAAAGUGCAGAUGAAGAGAGAAAUCUCCCUCAUCAACGGCAUCUGCCUCAUUGUCGGAAACAUGAUCGGCUCCGGGAUCUUCAUCUCACCCAAGGGAGUCCUCAUGCACAGCGCCUCCUACGGACUCUCCUUGCUCAUUUGGGCCCUGGGAGGCAUCUUCUCCGUGUUUGGCGCCUUGUGCUACGCAGAGCUCGGCACCACGAUUACCAAGUCUGGAGCCAGUUACGCUUACAUCUUGGAGUCGUUUGGCGGUUUUCUGGCCUUCAUCCGCCUGUGGACGUCCAUCCUGCUGAUCGAGCCGGCCAGCCAGGCUGUCAUUUCCCUGACAUUCGCCAACUACCUGGUGGAGGCUUACUAUCCUACCUGCAACCCCCCACACGACGCCGUGCGCCUCAUAGCUGCAGCCUGCCUUUGCAUCCUCAUCUACAUUAACUGUGCCUAUGUGAAGUGGGGGACUCUGAUCCAGGACAUCUUCACUUACGCUAAACUCUCGGCCCUCCUCAUCAUCGUAAUGGUAGGAAUUCUGAAAUUAUCAAGCGGAGAGACAAAGAGCUUUGAGAAUCCAUUUGAAGGUUCUUCAACGGAUCCUGGAGCCAUAGCGUUGGCCCUCUACUCAGCGCUGUUCUCCUACUCUGGAUGGGACACGCUCAACUUCGUCACAGAGGAGAUUGAAAAUCCAGAGAGGAAUCUACCACUCGCCAUCGCCAUCUCCAUGCCCAUCGUGACCAUCAUCUACCUGCUGACCAACGUGGCCUACUACGUGGUCCUCGACAUGCCUUCUCUGCUGGCCAGUGAUGCUGUCGCUGUGACUUUUGGGGAUGCGGUUCUGGGGCCAUUCAAAUGGAUCAUCCCUGUGUCGGUGGCCAUGUCUUGCUAUGGAGGACUCAACGCUUCCAUUAUUGCUGCUUCAAGGUUGUUCUUUGUGGGCGCUCGAGAGGGCCACCUCCCUGACAGCCUGAGUCUCAUCCACCUGGAGCGAUGCACCCCCAUCCCUGCACUGCUUUUCAACUGUUUAAUGGGCCUCAUCUUUCUGUGUGUGGAGGACGUGUUCCAGCUCAUCAACUACUUCAGCUUCAGCUACUGGCUCUACGUGGGCCUCUCUGUGGCCGGGCUCAUCUAUCUACGCUUCACCCAGCCAAGCAGACCCAGACCCAUCAAGCUGACCUUGUUCUUCCCCUUCGUGUACUGCCUGUGCAGUUUGUUUUUGGUCAUUGUCCCGCUGUAUGGCGACACCAUCAACUCUCUGAUAGGCAUCGGCAUCGCCCUCUCGGGGGUGCCUGUUUAUUAUGUGGCCAUCCACUUGCCCGAGGAUAAGAGGCCCAAAUUCUUACGCCUGCUCAAUAUCUUUACUACAAGAACAACCCAAAAGCUGCUCUACUGCUGCCUGACCACCAACAAUGCAACACAAGGGGCUGGUAAAAAACAGUAAGGGGUCAAGGAGUUGUCCCCUUUAUAAAGCGAAGGCCCCGCCCGCCCCGGCCUGGCCCGUCCACACGCUGUGUGACGUUCUGUCUGGAAAAAUGACCCCCCUGCACAUAUCCUUGAGCUACUGCUGCUGCCAGGUCAAGUUUAAAAAAAGACCUGUGGUGUCAAAAAACUGUCGAGGGAAGAAAGAGACACUUGUGACCCCCGAGUUAAAAAGCAGUAUCGUUCUCCGUGGAGAUCGCCGAGUAUCUUCCACAACAUCAUUGUAGAUAUGGAUGUUGACUUGCUAAAAAUUGAAAUGAAGGGACUUUUUUUUAUUGUGAUACAAACAAAGCUUAGUUUUUUUGACUUAUUGAGUGUUUGAAUCAUGAUGUGUUUUUCCACUGUAAUUAAAACAUCAAAUUCAUCCAAUUCCUCUGUGAAAAUAAUUGAUUAUAACGUCCCUCAUAUACAGUAGUGUGGAAAAGUGUUUGUUUUUGCUUGCUUGGGAAGGGAACUGCACUUUUUUGGAAUUUAGCCCAUCAUUCACAAUCCUUAUGUGAAGGAAGCAGAACUGGAGGUAGCAGAGAUGCGGAUGCUGAGGUUCUCAUUGGGAGUGACCAGGAUGGAUAGGAUCAGGAUCAGGUACAUCAGAGGGACAUUACAUGUAAGAAGCAUUGGAGGCCAGACUGAGAUGGUUGGGACAUGUCCAGAGGAGAGAUAGUGAACAUAUUGGUAGAAGGAUGCUGCGUUUAGAGCUGCCAGGUAGGAUGCUAAGGUUCUUAUUGGGAGUGACCAGGAUGGAUAGGAUCAAGUACAUUAGAGGGACAUUAUAUGUUAGAUGCCUUGGAGAUAAAGUCCUGUCGGCCAGACUGAGAUGGUUGGGACAUGUCCAGAGGAGAGAUAGUGAAUAUAUUGGUAGAAGGAUGCUGAGGUUCUCAUUGGGAGUGACCAGGAUGGAUAGGAUCAGGAAGGAGUACAUCAGAGGGACAUUACAUGUUAUUAGAGGCCUUGGAGAUGAAGUCAGUUAUCGGCCAGACUGAGAUGGUUGGGACAUGUCCAGAGGAGAGAUAGUGAAUAUAUUGGUAGAAGGAUGCUGAGGUUCUCAUUGGGAGUGACCAGGAUGGAUAGGAUCAAGUACAUCAGAGGGACAUUACAUGUUAGAGGCCUUGGAGAUAAAGUCCUGUAGGCCAGACUGAGAUGGUUGGGACAUGCCCAGAGGAGAGAUAGUGAAUAUAUUGGUAGAAGGAUGUUGCCAGGUAGGAGGCGUAGAAGAAGACCAAAGAGGUUUAUGGAUGUAGUGAAGGAAGACAUGAGGGUAGUUGGUGUGAGAGAGACAGAUGAAGAAGAAAUAUGUAUAUACAUAUUCACACAUACAUAUAUAUCAAGUAUAAUGCUAUUAAAGUAACAACAAUUUUAUGAAUUUAAGAUAUAAUUUCAGAUGCUUGACUGACAGCCU